AUGGAACAAACCACUUCGAAUCAAGAACAUACGAAAACGGAUAUCGGAGAGAUUUUGUUCGCGCCUGCUGGAAAGAAGUACACAGAUGAGGACGGUGUCCGCAUAUUUGGACAACAACCUAUCGAUCGCAUCCCCCGUUACCUAGUGCCACGCAAAAAUCUACGCUUCUUACCACCGCUCGUGCACUACGGCUGGAUUCUUGACAAAGAACUAACGUUGAAGCUCGCGUUGGAGUUGUCUGAGCCUUUCUACCAUUGGAUCGAUGGCCCCAAGAAGAUCGAUUAUUGGACCACUUUCACUGGACUCAUAACCCGGCUCAUGGCGCAUCUAGGUCUACCAGUCGAUAGGCGGGUUUCUGUGUGCCAGAUUGGCACCGUUGAACUUAGUACAAAAGCUAGAAUAGUCAGGAGGUUGGGCCUGUCAAUGGGGACGAACUAUACGGGGCAUAUUCCCGAAGAGAGCGCGAAGAAGUUGCGGGACGCGACAGCUCCAGGUGCUGAUGUGAAAUGGUAUCUGGACACUAAACGCUGUAAGUGGGUUGAGAAUUGCCGCUGGCGAGAUCUAGCAAAAGAGAAGCAACCGAAGCAGUUUCACAGUGAGGGAACGCAAGCACUUCCGGAUUCCCCGCAUGCAUGA